UUCUUCCCCAAUAUUGGUCUCGUCUCCGUCUUUCCGGCGGUUGGAUCUGUUUCUUUCUUUGACCAACAAAAAAAGGAAACUUUUUUGAGCUUUUUCUUUCUUUCAUUGAACACAAUACUUGAAUCUCACUUCUCUCUCGAAAUCUCAUAUUGUUAGUAAGUCUCUGAAUUUUGUAGAGGAGUUUGUUCUGAUUGAUUAGGGUUACCGGGAGAUAUGAUGAAAGCAUCGUUGGGGAGGUUAAGGAGAUUCGCAUUGCCCACCAAGGUCGAUGCGGUUAAUAUUGAAGAGCUUUUCCCCACUGCACAGAUUGAUGGCCUUGCUCGAGCCUCCAAGGAUAUGCAAGAAAUGAGAGAGAGUUAUGAUAGAUUACUCUCUGUUGCUGCUGCCACUGCCAAUAGCGCUUAUGAGUUUUCUGAAUCAUUGGGGGAGAUGGGUUCAUGCUUGGAGCAAAUCUCUCCUCAUAACGAUGAAGAAAGUGGUAGAAUUUUGCUCAAAUUGGGUCAAGUUCAGUUUGAGCUUCAGAAACUCGUCGACACUUAUCGUUCUCAAAUAUUCAAGACCAUUACACGACCGUCAGAGUCACUUCUUAGUGACCUUAGAACCGUGGAGGAUAUGAAGCAACAAUGUGAAGAAAAGAGAGACGUUGUUAAGAACAUGGUGAUGGAGCAUGUGAAAGACAAGGUGCACCUUAAGGGCAGUAAAGGGGAGAGACUUAUACGCCCACAGUUGGAAACUGCCCGUGAUGAGCUACAAGACGAGGCCACUUUGUGCAUUUUCCGAUUAAAAUCCCUAAAGGAAGGACAAGCUCGAAGUCUCCUCACACAAGCAGCCCGCCACCACACUGCUCAGAAGCAUCUAUUCUUGGCUGGUCUAAAAUCACUUGAGGCAGUAGAGCAACAAGUCAGAAUUGCUGCGGAGAGACAACACAUCGACUGUGAGCUCUCUGAUAACGAGAACGAAAUGGAAUGUAGUGAGGAUGAUGAUGACCGACAUUUUAACAGAGAUGGAGAACUCAGCUUUGACUACAUAACAACUGAGCAGAGAGUAGAAGCUCUACCUACACCACAUGGAUCGAUGAAGGUAAAUGCAGAUCAUAGAGAAGAGAACCCAAUGUCAUACCAAGAUCGCAGAAAUAGCAGCCAUUCAGCACCGUUGUUCCCACAGGAGAAGUCUGCAAACACUUACGUAUUACCAACUCCUGUCGAUUCAAGGUCCUCAUCAAUCUUCACGCAAGCAAACCACAGAGCACACUUAUGGCAUUCAUCUCCGCUUGAACCCAUAAAAACAGUUCAUAAAGAUGUGGAAAGCAACCUCUAUUCUCGUCUUCCUCGUCCUUCAGAAACUACUCAGCACGCAUUUUCUGGACCGGUCAAACCAUCCUCAACCCGUCUUCCAUUUCCGGCGCAGGCUCACUCAUCUUCUCCAAGGAUGUCUCCUGCGGCUUCACCUCCUCUUGCUUCUUCUCCGCGGAUCAACGAACUCCAUGAGCUUCCAAGACCACCGGGUCAAUCUGCUCCUCCACGACGCUCUAAAUCUCCUGUUCUGACUAGUCACUCAUCUCCUGUUUCCGCUUGGAGUCAAGAAAGAAGCAAUGUAGCUGUGUCCAAGAACAUUGUAGCAUCACCACUUCCGUUUCCACCUUUGGUUGUACCAAGAAGCUACUCCAUACCUUCGAUAAACCAGAGAGAACAACCCUUUCCUGACACUGACAGAGUAGUCUCUCCACCGCCUCUGCCUCUAACUCCAGCGUCUCUGAUGAAUCUCAGAUCGCUCUCUCGGUCUCGGUCUCGGGUCGGGGAAGCUGCUUCCCAGAGCGGUCAAAUAGGAGGUAACAAACAAACACUGUGUUUUUGUAACCUUGGAACUGCGAAAUCUUCAUCAAUUCUGAUAUAGAAAGUAAAAUAUACAAGUCUGAUAUUUUGUAGUUCUUUGGUUUUUUGAAUCUCCUAAUUUGUAGCACUAUACUGUUUUUUGUUUCCCUUACAUAUCUUUGUAACUUUGAAAAGAAUUUAGUUGUCGUUUUCUGAAAAUUAGGAGAAGGAAAUUGAGAAAUUAGAGGAAAUGUUGCCUUACAAAAUCCAUAAUUAUUAUUUUGGUAGUU